UACUCAAGCGCUUUGCCAGUGCGGCUGCAUUCCCUAUUGCUCUCCACUAGGAAGCUGUGUCUGUCUCCUUCCCCCGCAACCCCAGCAGUAAUCAACCCAGCACAGAUCUGUCUCUGCUUCGGGCUGUGCAGUUGCUACGUCUCGGAGCUCCGACAAAACUUAAGGAAGCGCGGUUUCCCUUCGCCGAGGAUUCGUUUUGUUGGCCGGCUGGCGCAAGAUCGUUUGUGCAAAGAGCAACGCGGGCAGACCGUAGAGUUGCACACCGGCAAAAUGCGGUGGAUUUAAGCGGUCGCCUCCUGUCUGUGCGCUCCCGCUGAGGGAUCCGAAUCUCGAAGCUGCUCUUUGCAUUCCACGGAGCGUUGAGACAUUGCAGACUGAACACACAGCAGGCUAUCCGCUGCUCUGUUUUUACCUGUCAGAGUACCCAGGGAAUCUGAGACCAGUCAGCAGCUCAGCUUGAGUGAACAAGUCCAUUGAAGAGCAGGGUUAACUGGGCGUAGUGCUGUAUUCUGCAGGAGUGGAAACCUGUCAUUGUACUGAGCAGUUUCUCGGGAGAUGGUGGGCUGGUCCGAAGUCUGGGACACGUGGUAACACCUUGACUGCAAGAUUAUCCCUUUGUCUGAGGAAACUCAUGAGUGUGGUGGAACAGUGUUUUGUUAUCCAGCAUCGUCGUGUGUUUCUUGAGAGUAUGAUGACUGCAUGUAGAGACGGAUAAUGAUAGACAGGGAUCUGGACAGCUGAGGCACUUCUCUAACCACCCCCUCCUGUAACUGUGUGGCAGGUUCGCAUUGCAGGUGUGAUGUCAACCUACAGAGCACGAUAACAAAUAAAACAAUUAAAAAAAAAAAAAAAAAAAAAAAAAAAACCUUCUCUUCAGUAAUCAGACCGGGGGAGCCGCGCUUUCUCGCGUGCCGUCCACGAUUCGGAAAUCGAACGUUUUUCCAAAGAGGCUCGUGAAGAUGACCAGCCUGUUCCGGCGGAGCAGCUCGAGAGGAGGGUCGGCGGGGAACAGCGACGGCGCUCCCGGCAGCGGCUCCUCUUCCUCUGCCGUGCCGCCGCAGGAUCUCAACAACAGCCGUCCCUCCGCCCAGCAGGUCCGCCGGCUGGAGUUCAACCAGGCCAUGGAGGACUUCAAGAUCAUGUUCCCCAGCGUGGACUCGGACGUGAUCGAGUGCGUGCUGAGGGCCAACAGCGGGGCCGUGGAGGCAACCAUCAACCAGCUGCUGCAGAUGAACAUCGAUGGCUACGACGACAGCGACGACUCAGACGACAGCAUCCCGCCAGAGAUUCUGGAGCGCACGCUGGAGCCGGACAGCUCAGACGAGGAGCCUCCUCCCAUCUACUCCCCCCCAGCCUACGACAUGCACAUCUACGACAGGAAGUACCCUGAGGCCCCGCCCAUACUGCCUCCCAGGUACGGGCAGGAAGAGGCGGAGCAUGCCGUGGCAGUCACUAGCUACAGUUACAUGUUUGACGCCCAGCCCCCAGCAGGGCCCUGGCCAGCCCGCCGCUACAGGAACUGGAACCCCCCCUUACUGGGCAGCCUGCCAGACGACUUCCUGAGGAUCCUGCCCCAGCAGAGGGGCAGUGUGCAGAACUCUCAGAGCAGCCAGCCCCAGGUCCCGGGAGCGGGGUCCAGAGUGACAGCAGCAGCAGUGGGGGGCGGGGCUCAGGCAUCGCAGGGCGUGGCCACUGAGCAGGAGCGCAAGCUGAAACAGUACCUGGAUGACGAGAGGAUCGCGCUGUUCCUGCAGAACGAGGAGUUUAUGAGAGAGCUGCAGCGCAACAGGGAGUUCCUCCUCGCCCUGGAGAAAGAUCGGCUGAAGUACGAAUCAAAGAAAUCCAAGUCCAGCCAUACCUCGGCCAGCCUGGAGAAUUCUACAGCAGGUGAUCACAGUGCCCCGGGGCCAGUCGAGACCCCCAGUACCGUGUGUGACGAUGCCUUGUUCAGGGAUAAGCUCAAGCACAUGGGCAAAUCUACAAGGAAGAAACUGUUUGAAAUAGCGAGAACUUUCUCGGAGAAGACGAAGAUGAGAAAGCCCAAGAGGAAAGCAUUGCUGAAGCAUCAGGCUCUGGGGACCGCGUCCUCUACAGCGAACCUGCUGGAUGACGUGGAAGGAAACUCCUGCGAUGAUGAUGUGCAGGGCAGGAGAGUGCCGGCUCACGAAGAGGAGGAGGAGGAGGAGGAGGGGCGCAGGGAGCCUCCGUCAUGAUCCUCAAGGACAGGUCUCCUGGGUUUCUAUUGCUGUGUGGAGCUGACCUGACUGACCUGGAGCCGGACACAUGAAGGCAGCUGGCUCACUCUCUUAACCUUCUUCGGUGCUUUGCUGUUCUCUGCAGUGUUUUAUCAAGGCACAGUUUAAUAACAGAAAUCAGUACCUCAUACUAAAGACAGCUUUAGUGUUUAAACAGCAGUUUACAUCCCUUCUAAACGUAUACAGAACUUCAGUUUCCUUCUUUUCAUUUGUAUUUAAAACCAUGAUGAUGUCAUCAUUCGUUCAAGUUUCUACAAUUUACUGUUUAAAAAAAAUAAUGUUGUACAGGUGUUGCAUUUUACACAACAAGAGUUCCUUGCUAUGUUUUGUACGCCAGUGGCAUUCUUCGAGCAGAAUGCCUGUUCUGCUUCAAAUUUCUAUCAAGGGCAUUCAUUCUGGAACAAACACUGUGGAUCACCUGGGGAAUAUUCUGAACACAGAAUUCCAGUUCCUGGUAGAAUCUCAGUGUUCCACUGAUUUCUGAAUAUUGGUGUUCAGUAUCCAUAUCCUGAAAGCAGAGGGUGAUCAGCUGGUUUUAAAACUGCAAGCAGAGCAUCGUGAUCUGAGUGUAGGGAGAGCCGUGAAUACCCAGUGCUGUUAACGGGAAUGGGGUCCCAGGUAUUGUACCAGUGCCUGUUCAUUGAGCAGGUCUGCUGCUACACCUGUAAUAUCAGCACAGCACCCAACUGUGCAUGUUUAAAAAGAGAUGAAUCCACCCAUGUGUCAGUAUUAUUCUUAUUAUUAUCAUCAUCGUUAUUAUUAUUAAUAUUAGAGCAGUAACUAAUAAUGGACAAUAACUAGUGGCUGUAAAUUGUGUAGAACAAAAACAUGGUAUUGUAUUGAUCUUGUCCAACAUUAAUGCUAAGUGAGCAGAGUUUCUUUUUCAUUUUGUCAUUCUUCUGAUCAUGCAUGCGGUGAUUGUACGUGGAACCCUUACAGAGCUGGGUGGGGAAGGAGAGUGAAGCUCAUUCUCCCACUGAAAGAGCUAAACCAUGUGUUCACCAGCGCUCUCCUCUUCCACUAAUAGAGUGUGGUGCACCCCUGUAAGCACACAGUGUAGAGGGCUAAGGAAACUCUGGACAUUGUGUCAACGUCUUGAACACCAUCGGGUGUUGGUUUUGUUUAUGUAUGACAUGCAGUUAUUUUAUAAUGAAGGCAAUAAGGUGACUGCUAGUAGCAAUUGCAAUGUAUCUGAGUGAAUAGUUGGCAGGUAGCAGAAAUAGCUCUAACAAUGUUUGGUAUUGCUGUACUCAGUUCAAUUGGUCAGAACCAUGAAUUAAUAUUUUUUAUUUUUUAAUACGUUUCCCCGGUUUCAGGAUGCAACAGCUGUGUGUUAAUGCUAACCUAAAUCUUUAAUUUAAAAAGCACCUACAGUGAAAAGGAUGUUGUAAUGUUUCGCAUGUUCGUUACUCAUAUGGAAGUAUGGUUUUGGGUGCUGUUUGUUUCAGCAUUGUAUAAAUGAGCCGUCACGUACCUAUGCAGACAGGACCAGAUCUCUUAGGGAUUUUCUACACAAAUUCCACUUUGUCUUGUUGCUUUUCAUUUUUUAAUCAGGCCUGCGUUCUACCCCAGGCCGGGGUUUAGAUCAGUUAAUCUCAAUCUAAAAUCAAAUACAAUUUAAAGGGGAGCAUUUCAUUACAGUUUGUCAGUUUGAGUUGUUGUCCUAGGGUUGGUUUUUAAAAUGAAAUGAUCAGUCAUCAUAAUUAACUGCGUAGUUUGGAGGUAUGUUUAAUAGAGCGAAGUAGAAAGAAGUGAUUGCGGUUACCAUGGCAUCAGAAGCCUGUAAGUACCUCCCACUGUUUGUUUUCAAACACACUUUCCCCUACGGUAUGUUAAACAUCCUGAAAACCUGACCCUUUUGGUUUACAUGUUUCAUAUCCUUAAAUUUUCUAUUUGAAAAUGAUCAAUUUAAGCUCUUCCUAGCUCUGUGUGAAACUGUCACGAUGAGUCCAUGUCACUGCUGAGCCUCCAGCAGACAGAAGCCUUUUGUAUUCCCCUUCCCCUUUUUGAUACUCAGUUUCAUUAUUAGAGGUUCUAAUAAUAUAUUUCAAUAAUUCUGUGCAUUAUUACACUUUGAGGUGCACAAGAAUGUGCAUUGUGACAUAACAAUGCUAAUCCUGUCCUCACAUUACAGGUUUCAUUUUAAUGUCUUUAUUUCAUUUCACUACCGGCGAUAGCAUGAUUUUUUUUUUUUUUUUCACAUUAAAUGUUUUGUCAAACCUACCGUGUGUGUGUGCAUAGAAAUUAUGUGUAAUAUAGUUCUAUAUAAAAACAGAUGGAUAAGUAGAGUAUUGGUAUUUGAGUCUCGGAGAAGCACCCCUAGAUUAACAGUGCCUCCCCUUUACGAAAGAGAGAGGCCCGUGGCUAAACAGGGUGUAGAAGCACAAACAGAAGGAAGUGUCUCCUGUGUGUGGAUGUUGGCGAUGGUGCUGCAGCAUGCCUUCUAAUGAUCCUGGGGUAACUGAGUGAACAAGGGGGGUGCAGCACACCGCCCCGAGUCCUGACUCGGAUUCUUGUGUGUUUGUUCUGGUUCGGCUGUCAAAUCAAGUUGCCUCGUUUCUGUAAUUCCAGUCGACAGCUUCAGGCUUCUUCACUUCAGGCUCUUUUUACAGCUUGUUUCAUGAGAUAAGCUUUUCUUUCAUACGCCCAGCAGAGCUCCGAUACCUUCUGUGUUUUUACCAGGGUUCGGGGAAGAAAGUUUUACACAACAGGAGCCUGUGGCUGGAAAAGGCUGGAUUGUAAAGCUUGUAGUACUGGCUGGUUCUCUGUGAUUUAGAAAUCCACACUGCUGGUGCUGUGUGCUUUCUGAAUGUACUAACAGGGGGUUAGGCCAGUAGAACCGUUACUUUCUCACAGCGAGGAAGCUUAUUCACGGCGUAUUGAUGCAAGCGCAGUGUUCAGAGUAUAAUCCAGACGUGAGGAUCAAUGCAUACUGUGUGCAUUGAUUAUAUACGCAAGACAUUUGACAGGUAAACUUUCUAACUUGCCAUAUGUAACCAGUUGAGUUCUGGAAGUCCUCAUAUAAAAAGGGACAACAGGUUCUCUCUUUUUUUUUAUUAUUAUUAUUAUUAUUACAAUACUGAAAUUGAAAUGUGUGUAAACUAAAUGUUUUUAA